GAUGGGAAGGUUGGGGAAAGCCUUGCCUGUAGUGACCCUUGUUAUGGUGAAACUCAGGAUCCUGUGUGGGAAGCAAAGCAGUAGCAGGGCUAGAACCCUGAUUUUCCAGAGAGCCAGUUCAACCUUUCCAAAGACCUACUUAGAGGAAUCCCAUGGAAUAGGGCUCUAGAAGGGAAGGAGGCCCAAAAAAGCUGGUCAAUAUUCAAGCAUCCAGACUCAAGACCAGUGUAUCCCCAUGAUCCAGAAAUCAAGCAAAGAGGGCAGGAGACCUGCAUGGAAGAGCAGUGAGGUUCUAGCAAUUCUCAAAUGGAAGAAAGACAUUUAUGGGAUGUUGAAAAAGGGACAGGCACGUGAGAGAUCUACAGGAACAUCUUUGGGGUAUGCAGGGAUGCAACAAGGAAGGGUGCAGUCCACUUGGAAUUGAGUCUGGCAAGGGAUAUCAAGAACAACAAGAAGGGCUUCUCCAAGUACAUAAGCAGCAAAAGGAAGAUUAGGGGAAAUGUGGGGCUGCUGCUGAAUCCAGUAGGUGUCCUGGGCACAGAGGACUCAACAUCUUCUUUGCCUCAGGCUUUACUGCUGAGAGCAGCCCUCAGGAAUCCCAGACAUUGGAAGUAAGAGAUGAAGGAUGGAGAAAGGAAAGCUUCCCCUUGGUCACAGAAAGUUGAGAGAGAUCAGCCAGGCAGACUUAACACCCAUAAAUCCUUGGUGGGAUGCACCCACAGGUGCUGAGGGAGCUGGCAGGGGUUGUUGCUUAGCCAUUCUUGAUCAUCUUUAAAAAACCCUGGAGAAUGAGAGGUGCCCAAUAAUUGGAGAAAAGCCAGUGUUAAGUCCAGCCUUCAGAAAGGGCCAGAAGGAAGAUCUGGGAAACUCCCAGCCAGCCAGCCUUCAUCCCUGGAAAUGUGAUAGAACAGCUCAUUCUGAAGAUCAUCACCAAGCACCUGAAAGUAAAGAAGGUUAUUGGGAGUGGUCAGCAUGGAUUCACCAAGAAGAAAUCCUGCUUGACCAAUCUGAUGCCCUCUAUGAUGGCACGGCAGGAGGGGUUGAUGAGAAGAGAGCAGUGGAUGGUGUCUAGCUUGACUUCAGCAAGGUUUUUGACACUGUGUCCUGUAACAUCCCCAUGGACAAGCUCAGGAAAUGUGAGUUGGAUGAAUGGACACUGAGGUGGAUCAAGAACUGGCUCAAUGGCUGAGCUCAGAGGGUCGUGAGCAGAGCAGAAUGCAGCUGGAGGCCUGUAGUCAGUGGCAUUCCCCAGGGAUCAGUAUUCGGUCCAGUCUUAUCCAAUUUCUUCUUCUGAGGUUUGGUGCAGCAGAGGCUUGGAUGAAGAAUGCCAAUCCAGGGAUUGGGAUUCAGGCAUGGGGAGUGACCGUGCAUGUUUGUUGGCACCAGCCCCAGUGCAGCCUCUCUAUCAAGGCUGAUAUGUGACACGGGUGUGUCCCACGUGGCUUCAAAACUCUAAUAAAUAUAUUUCCUCCCCAAUCUUCAAGCUGUUGGGUGUUCCUGGCUCUUGGGAGGUGCUUUAAAUCUGACUGCCAGAGCCGUGGGCUGCUGAGAGCAGAAGCUGCCUGCACGAUGCUGAGCUCAGGUCUUCCUCCCGUUCUGCUGGUGCUCUCAGUGCUGGAGCUGAGCUGGUCCCUGAGUGAUGAAGAAAAGAAGAUCAUCUUGGAUGAGCAUAAUAAAUAUCGCUCCCAGGUAUCUCCUCCUGCCAAGGCUAUGAUGAAGAUGACCUGGGACGCAGACCUGGAGGUUGAUGCUCAAGAGCAUGCAGAGAAGUGCAGCUGGACCCAGAAUGGGGGCCCAGGCAGGUUAAACCUCUUUGCUACAGCUUCAACCCUGGAUGUGGAACUGGCCAUUGAAGAAUGGAACGGGGAGAGGAAAUUCUACAACUUGACAACAUCCACGUGUGUCCCCGGGCAGACGUGUGACAACUACACCCAGGUGGUCUGGGCAGAAACAACUCGCAUUGGCUGUGGGAGCAGUUUUUGUAAGAAGAUCCAUGGAAUUGGAACAGAGAACGCACAUCUGCUUGUUUGCAGCUAUUAUCCUCCGAGUAAUAUAAAGGACAAAAAGCCCUACAUGGAAGGACCCUCGUGUAAAAUGUGUCCCAGGGGCAGAGUCUGUGUGAACAACCUGUGUGAAGAACUGGAGACAAACUCGGACCAGACAAGUGUGGAUCCAUCCAAAGGAGGAGCCCCCAGUACCUGCUUGGGCCUUUCGCUCUUCCUCCUCCCCAGUGCCAUCCUGCUGGGCCUUCUGCUCUGAAGGGUCUUCCUCAGCUUCCCUGCACCCCUCACCAAGGCUUUUGUCAGUGCUGGUUGUCCACAGCCCUGGUAGGCUCAGGAGACUCCUUGGACAAUUCACACACUCCCUCCUUACGCUGCCUCCUCUGCUGCAGCCCCGGCGAGCCAAGGGCAGCCAACAGUGCUGGGGAACUUUGUCCCCUUCCUGAGGAGACCUGAGGGCAGGAGGGUGUUUGCCAUAAUGCUGGUGACCUUGGAUGCUUCUCCUUUUUCCCGGCUUCUGUUCCAUUUCCAGGCUGGAAGUGUUGAGCUCUCCCACCCACCUGCCCGUGUGGCCGGCAGGCCCCGCCACAGCCUGACCCUGGGGACAGCAGGGUGGCCUGGGGACAGUGAGACAUGGUGGUUGGCUUUGGUGUUUGUAGAUGAGACAUGGUGGUUGACUUUGGUGUUUGCCAGGAGGAAUUUCCCAUAGAAAUGCUCUUUUCCCUACAAAUGUGUUUCUUUCAUUUUUGGACAUACUUUAUCUCUUUCCUACCUUGUCCAAAUAGAGUGGGUAUUUGGGGAUUUCGGUUUCCUCCUGGUUCUGGUGGAGCUCUGGCCAGUACUGCCCAGCUGUUCCCCCCUCUCCACAUCAUAUUCACACCUCUCCUCCUCACAGUCUGCAGCCGUUGAGGCCUCCCUCUCUCCUCCUCCCUCUCUAUUGCUGGCACAUGUCCCAUUACUCAGUCACUCCAAUGCCACAGAUUUAUUUUAUGUGUGUGCCUGCACCUGUGUGCACGGACAGAAGAGAAACCUUCAGAGCUGAGAGAAGCCAUGAGUUAAUUUAUGUAGCUUUUCCCUGCAUGGCUUAAUUCUUUGCAUAAUUUCAGUGUAUCUGAAUUUAAAUACAGAUCCUGCUGGAUGUGUAACUUGUGUGUGUGUGGUCAGGGAGAGCAAAUCCCUGCAUGUGUUGGAAAGAUCUGAGCUCCAGAGAUACAGGUGAUGCUGUUGCAGGUCACUGGUGGCUCUGCUGCCUGGCAGCACCAGCUGUCCUGCAGGAGCCCAGCUGUCUGCAGACUGUUCUGAGGUCCCUGGCCAGUCCAGCCCAGCCAGGAGGUGACCAGCAGAUGGCACUGGGAGAGGCACCGCUGAGAACUGGGCAGCUCAGCCCUGCCCACAGUUCAGAGCUUUAUUUCAUUGCCAGCUUCCGAUGUAGUUAAGAAUCAGAUUUAAAAUAGCCUCGUGCCCAGGUGCCGUGGCUGCUGCACGCUCUGGGGGCAGGCUGAGCUCCUGCUGCCGAGCUGCCUUUGGGGGAGAAAUCCCUCCCUGCCUUAUGGACAGAUGAAAAAAUGCAGCCCCAGAGGCUGCUCCUCAGCCGUGUGAGGGGAGAGGGCUCGGAGCUGGGAGAGCAUUUCAGGUCCUCAUCUGCUUUUGCAUCUGCGUGAAGGACAGUGAGGCAUUCCUUAAAAAUUCCCUAGAAACACUACCAAGAGCAGAAAAACAUUUCUCCUCCCAGCGAGAUCAGGGCACUCGGGCAAACCCUGAUUUUUUGCAGCGCUGGAUCCCCCACCCUGCUGAGAGCCAUCG